AGGGCGAAGCCGCGCGUUCGAUCAUCGAAAUCGACCCGUCGCGCGCGCGCGACGCGGGAGGGAGAGCGACGGCCGGCACACGAGCCCCCCAAAAAAAAACGUUGCUUGCUGCAGCGUGCGGUGCUACGUGCGCGUCUCCCUCUGUCACCGACGCCGCCCCGGUGACCGGGGAUGGCGCCAGGCCGUGUAGGCGGCGGCGGCGGUUCGAUGUAUGUCUCGCGGUGCCUCACUCUCUUCUGCUUGCUGGCGGGCGCCUGCAUUGCGCUUGCUCCCGGGGCGCGUGCCAACCGGCACCACCGGCGGGACCUCGACAUCAACCUCGGCGGCGGCAGCGGGGGCAUCAGCAUCGGCAUAGGAGGUGGUGGUGGUGGCGGCUCGUCGCCGUCGUCGUCGUCCGAGCCGCGGCCGUGCGACUUCGAGAACGAGAGGCUGUACAGGGCGUACAAGGUGAUUCAGAAGUUCAGGAGGACGGUGACGUGUGACCCGCAGAACAUCAUCCAGUCCUGGAGCGGCACCGACCUGUGCGGCAGCUACAAGGGCUUCUUCUGCGAGCGGCCGCCCAAUGUCAGCGACCGGACCAUCGCCUCCGUCGACUUCAACGGCUACAACCUGCAGUCGUCGUCGAUCAAGGACUUCGUGGACGCCCUCCCGGACCUGGCGCUGUUCCACGCCAACAGCAACAACUUCGGCGGCGCCGUGCCGGACCUCAGCGGGCUGCAGUACUUCUACGAGCUCGACCUGAGCAACAACAAGCUCGCCCCCAACCCGUUCCCGACGGACGUGCUCAAGCUGCGGAACGCCACCUUCGUCGACAUCCGCUUCAACAGCUUCUACGGCGAGCUCCCCGGCGGCGUCUUCUGCUCGUUCCCGCAGGUGCAGGCCAUCUUCGUCAACAACAACCAGUUCUCCGGCAACCUCCCGGACAACAUCGGCGACUCGCCGGUGAAUUACCUCUCCCUCGCCAACAACAAGUUCACGGGGGAGAUCCCCAAGUCGAUCACCCGCAUGGCCAACACGCUCCUCGAGGUGCUCUUCCUCAACAACAAGCUCAGCGGCUGCCUCCCGUACGAGCUCGGCCUGCUCGCCAAGGCCACGGUCAUCGACGCCGGCACCAACCAGCUCACCGGCCCGAUCCCGGCGUCGUUCGCGUGCCUGCACAAGGUGGAGCAGCUCAACCUGGCGGACAACCUCCUCUACGGCGAGGUGCCCGACGCGCUGUGCAAGCUCGCCUUCGCGUGGACGGGGCGCCUCAAGAACCUCACCCUCUCCAACAACUACUUCACGUCGCUCGGCUCGUGCUGCUGGGACCUGAUCAAGGAGGGGAAGCUCAACGUCGAGCGCAACUGCAUACCGUGGGCGCCCAACCAGCGGUCGCACGAGGAGUGCGCCGCCUUCUUCCACCGGACCAAGACCUCGGCGUGCCCCGUCAACAGCUACGUGCCGUGCGGCCACCCCAAGUCCGACGGCGCCGGCAGGGAGGAGGGCACGGCGGCGGAGGAGGAGGACAAGUACCGGACCUACUCGGCGCUGAACCCAUGAGGUCGCCGGCCGGCCGGCCGGCCGGCGAGGGCACAGGCUGCAAAGGAAGGGCAAAAGCACUGUGCUUCUCGUGAACGUUACCCGAUUAUUGAUUGAUUCAGCUGUUUGGCUGGUUGUGUUGAUGUGUUGCCUCCUUUCUGUACUUUUGUUCCCUUUCUCAUCCACCGUUUGGUACGACAACCAACUUAACUUCGCAUAUAUCUGCAUGGACACAUGCUACUGCCCGCAUGUUUAGAUAAGGUAAUGGAGAUUUUAUUUUGAUGAACCACAUAAGGUUGUAAUAAUUCAUCAGAUCAUGAAAGAUCAACUUUAAUUUUC